GUCUGAUUUUGUUAUUUAUUGAUAGCGUUUGGUGGUUGUGGUCUUAUCGGUAGAUGAGAUAAUUAGUAUAUUGAAUUUGCAAAUGUUUAAACUGAUUAAAUAUAUAACAAUUACAUAUAAAUUCAUUGAUUAAAAAUCACUUGCUACAAAUAAUUCGCACACAGUACUCGUUCGGUAUUUGGUAAUGAAAGAAGUUUUGGCAAUAACUACUUUCAAAAUUAAUAGAGAAGAAAAAUAGCUUUUGCAAAGAAAAUAAAAAAGUCAUUAACAAAAAGAGUUGGAGGGUAUUAAAUAAAACCACUGACAAACACGCCAUAGGAACGAAAAGAAGAAACAAAGCGCAAAAAAAAAAUUAUAAUAGUUUUUUUUUUUUUACGACGACGUGUUCAAAAUAAAUAGCUUAACCAUUUUUUGUUGUGUUAAUAAAUAUUAUUAAUAUAAUUUGAAAUAUAUAUAUAAAAGAUAAAAAAUGGCACCAGCAUUAAGUAAAUUAAUGCAAAAUCAAAGCGCUAUUGUUGGCGCAGCAGGCCUAUCAGCUGCACUUUGGAUAAUUGCAUAUGGAAAAAUGUCCAGUAAACGCAGAAAACCGGGAUAUGAAGACAAAAUACAGUACACAAUAACGGAGAAGAAAGGGAAAAAGCAAUCUAAAGCCCAGGUCAAUGCAGUAUUCUUCAAGCAACUAAGACAGCUUUUACCAAUUUUGAUUCCCGGAAUUUGGAGCGUUGAAAGUGGUUUAUUACUCGUAAUUGCUGCCUCAUUGAUUGGACGUUCAGUCAGUGACAUAUGGAUGAUUCAAAAUGCCACUGUCGUGGAAAGCACAAUUAUACACAUGAACAAAACAAAAUUCAGAUCUGCACUACUUAAAUAUCUUGCUGCCUUGCCAAUGAUUUCAGUUGUAACAAAUAUACUAAAAUGGAGUUUAGGUGAAUUAAAAUUAAGAUUUAGAACGAAUUUGACACAUCAUCUGUACAAUCAAUACCUCAGGGGCUAUACAUACUAUAAGAUGUCCAAUUUGGAUAAUAGAAUAGCCAAUGCCGAUCAAUUACUCACAACAGAUAUUGAUAAAUUCUGUGAAAGCGCUACCGAUUUAUAUUCGAACAUCAGUAAACCUGUUUUGGACAUAUUCAUUUAUGUUUACCGAUUAACAGUGAAUUUAGGCGGAAAGACACCUUCUGUGCUUAUGCUGUACCUAUUCUUUGCUGGCAUUUUCCUGACCCGUUUACGCCGUCCAACAGGUCGCCUAACUGUUGAAGAACAAAAAUUGGAAGGCGAAUUCCGUUAUGUAAAUAGCAGACUCAUUACAAAUUCUGAAGAAGUGGCGUUCUAUCAAGGCAAUGUUCGUGAGAAACUAACACUUUUAGCUAGUUUCUCAAAAUUACGUUCACAUUUAAGAAAAUUCCUAGAGUUCCGUGUAAGCAUGGGUAUUAUUGAUAAUAUCGUAGGAAAAUAUUUCGCUUCAAUUGUUGGCUUUUAUGCGGUCUCAAUUCCUUUCUUUACCGAGAAUCAUCCUCUUUUAUCUGGUGAAAAGAGUGGUCAACGUUUACAGGCCUAUUAUACCUAUGGUAGAAUGUUAAUCAAAUUAGCUGAGGCUAUUGGACGUUUAGUCUUGGCUGGACGUGAAAUGUCUCGUUUAGCUGGCUUCACCGCUAGAAUGACUGAACUCGUAAAAGUACUCAAUGAUUUAAAUAAAGGCACAUAUGAACGUACAAUGGUUAAUAAUGUUAUAAAUGGUGAAAGCGAUUUCGGUCCAAACAAGGGUGAAAUGGUGUUUGUUGAUAAUAUUAUUAAAUUUGAGAAAGUGCCACUUGUAACUCCGAACGGUGAUAUACUACUAAAGGAGUUAACCUUCGAAGUGCGUUCUGGUAUGAAUGUGUUAGUAUGUGGUCCAAAUGGCUGUGGUAAAUCUAGUUUAUUCCGCAUACUUGGUGAACUGUGGCCAACUUGGGGUGGUAAAGUGACGAAACCUCUACGUGGCAAGCUUUUCUACAUUCCUCAAAGACCCUAUAUGACAUUGGGCACAUUGCGUGAUCAAAUAAUCUACCCACAUACACGGGAUGAUAUGGUACGCAAUGGCAAAACUGAUGAGGACUUAAUGCAAUAUUUAGAUGUUGUACAGCUAACAUAUUUGGAACAGCGUGAAAAUGGUCUAAACGCUAUCGAAGAUUGGAUUGAUGUAUUAUCAGGUGGUGAAAAGCAACGUAUUGCUAUGGCACGCCUAUUCUAUCAUAGUCCACAAUUCGCUAUACUCGAUGAGUGCACUAGCGCUGUAUCUGUCGAUGUAGAAGGUCAAAUGUAUAGCUAUUGCCGUGAUGCUGGCAUUACACUAUUUACCGUAUCCCAUCGCAAGUCAUUAUGGACACAUCAUGAUUAUUACUUACAAUUUGAUGGUCGUGGUAGCUACGAAUUCGGUCCCAUUGAUCAAGCCAAGGAACAAUUUGGUUCAUAAAACUACUAAACCUAUAGUUAAAGCAACAGGAUUGCGUACGUGGGUGUUAUACAUGGACAUAGAUUGUUGUAUUGUAGUGUAAAAUAUCAUCUCAUAUUUGGCGCAAUUGUUUAUUUUUUAAAAUAAGUUUAAUAUUAGACAAAGAAAUUCGACGUCGAAGAUCAUAAAAAUAUUCUUAUAGUCAGUUUUCUUUAUGCUAUAGUAAACUUAAUAAUAUAAAAUAAUUAUUUAUGUUUAUAGUAGCAAUAUUAAACUGUUGAAAUUUUAUUUACUGAGCUUUAUUCUGUAGUAUUCCAUAAGCUUGUGCCAACGCACAAAUCGAUAAGUUAAUUUGUUAAAUCUUAUAAUUUCUUUAUUAUUUUAAUUUUGUAACUUAUAUGAAUUAAGUUGGUGAUCAUUUUUAACUACUGUUUGAGUUGUAAUAAUAUGUAACAUGUGAGGCAAAUAUUGUGUUGAUAUAUUUUAAUUUAGGUAAUAAUAAUUUUAUAAACAAAUUGGCAAUUUUUUAUAUGCAACAUACGUGUAAUUGUGGUGCUGGAAAUGUAUUAAGAGACAACAUUUUUAUUUUGUUUAUAUUUAUUUUAACGCUUCGUUAUUUUAUGCUUUAGAAAAUGAAAUUUUAAAUAUAGCAAUUUUAUUUUAAAUAAAAUUUAUUAUAAAUUUUUUUUAUAAA